GGUUUCCCAGCCCGGGACACACGAUCCCCGCAGCCUGCGAUGGCCUCGGCGCAGUGGCGGGCGCUCGCCGAGCAGUUCCAGGUGAUCUGCCCCCCCGGGGGGCCCCCAGGUGCGGGGCGCCCCGGGGCGCUGCGAGCCCAGGUGUCCUGUGGGCACUGGGUGAGCGCGGCCGGGCUGCGGCGAUGGGUGCGGGCGCUGCUGGACCAGGGUGUCACCUCAUUUCACUGCCCCUGCUGCCCGGACACCCCUUGGCUCUGGCAGGAGCUGUGCAAACUCGGGCUCUUCUCGGAUGAGGACCGGGCCACGCUGGAGGCCCAAAUCCUGGCGCAGGAGGGGGCCAGGGGCAGCUACCGCCCGUGCCCGCGCUGCCAGCACCUCGUCCAGCGCCUGGACCCCGGCACCCUGCGCACCCCCUGCCUGCCCUGCUCCCAGCGGGCUGGGGGGCUGUACUGCUUCUGCUGGGGCUGCCUCACAGAAUGGAGGGACCCUGCGUCCCAUGCUGACUCGCGAUGCUCCCUACAGGCUGCGCUGCAUGACGCCCCCAAGAUCCAGGCCCCGAGAUCGGCCAUCCACGGCUGCCCCUCGCUGCGGGCCUGUCCCCGUUGCCACGCCCUCCUAAGCCACACCACGCAAGGCUGCCCCAUGGUGGCCUGCCCUGAAUGCAGGUCUUGGUUCUGCUACCGCUGCCUGGGUCUGUCCGGGGGACACUGGCCUUCCUGCCCCAUCGCUGACCCACAGCUGGUCUGCGGGGGUGGGGAUGCGGUAACCCCAAUGUCCAGGGGCAGCCCUGUAGUGCCCAGUGUCAUGGGUUGGAUCUUGGGGCUUUGGAGAGGGGGGAUCUGAGACAAAGGAGGGGCUUCUUUGACUCCCCUCCCAGGGCUGUGAGGACUCCAGGCAUCGGGGUCAGGGGCUUCCUUUCCCUUUGUCAGUGCAGCACCUGGCACAGUGAGGUCCCUGCAUGGCUGGGGCAUUUAGGUGCCACAACAAUGUAAUGGAAUUGUGUAACAUAAUUGUGUGUCUGAAUGAGUGACUCAAAUCGGCAGUGAAUGGGUGCGGGGGGGAGAACGAGGGGCCUUAAAUCUUUUCUAAUAUUACUAUUAAAGGAAGGAAUUUCUAAAGAUAAAA